CAAACCGCCCAAAACAAAAAAGCCAUGCCUCGCGUUGGCGUUGGGUUAUACCCCAUCAAACCCUCCACGGAGCUCACUCAUGGAAUGACAUUCAUUGUGAAAUACUUCAACAACGGAAAAAACAAGCAAGAUCUAUGGCUCGGCGUGCAUGUCCCAAUGGGACUGGCACCCAAAAUCAUGAUCAGCCGUCCAAGAAAGAAUGCUCAUCCGGAUACACCUGCCGAUAAACGCGCGUACAUGUUCUAUCUACCGGGCAAAAAUUCAUACGCAUGGGUUGAAAAGAGAUGCCUUUUUCCAAUUGAAGAAGAGCCCCUGGCCGACUUUACCGUGCCCGAAGCCGAAGACGGUGCUCUGUAUGAGCAACUGCACGAUUUGAUGAGCGAGAACAAAGGUCUCGACUUUUGGAUUGCCAUGGCUAAAAAGGAGCGCCUAAAGAAGGGGGGUCAGAACAAGGAGCCCUACCUUGUGAUGCCGUCGACGUCAGAUAUUUCGGAUGAAAUGGCUGUCGACUCUGACGAUGCCAGCGAGCACUCCCGUGGCCCAAAGACAUACAAACAGCGCGCGACUUCCAAGUCGAAUGCCUUUUCACAGAGCUCUACUCUUCUUCGUCUUCCUUCUCUAGAUCCCGAAGAGAUCGUCAACGUUUACGUUGGCCAUGGCGAGGACCACAAGGUGUUUCAGCUCGCGCGCAGAGCCAUCAACAAAUCUUCCUUGUUGCGUCAGAUCGUCCAGCAGGGUACUCCGCCGUAUGUCAUGCACCCAACAUUGUUUAACAUGGGGGUCAGAACCUUUGAGCUCGUGUGCGCCUUUAUUUGCAGCGACAGCGAAGACCUCGGUCUAGAACAGGUUGGAGAGGAAGAAGAGGAGGAGGAGGAGGAGGAGGAGGAGGAGGAUGGUAUCCUCGGGGAUGUGUUGCCAUUGGGAAGGACUCACAUCCUGCGUGAUUUCAACGACCAGCAAAGUCUCGACAACUCGAUUUCGGACCUCGGCAAGACGUAUUUGAUUGCCUCGUCUCUCGGUCUUGGUUCUAUGCAAUCGGCCAUCAUCCGCCGGCUGCAGAUGACAUGGAACCUGUCCUGUGGCGUGGACCAAACCCUAGCAAUCCUCGACACAAUCGACACUGUCGCAGAGGCCAUCUAUGCAGCAGAUACACAUGUCGAAAAGGGCCAGGUGACCAGGGACGAGCCGUUUCUCAAUUGGAGCGCCACCUUCUUGAGCGAGCUUUUCAUGGUCUUCAUUACCAAGCAUACCGAGCGGUUCACCGGGUUCAUGCAAAAGUACCUGGCCCUCCAGGCAGCUGUUCUGACUCAGCGGGCACAGGCGUGCAAUUUCGAUCCUCAGAGAUUGUCGAGAUUGGAGAUUCAAUUCAUGAUGGGCCCGGAGCGCGUGCCCGCCAUGCUGUCUUCUCUUACCGGCAACCUGGCCUAUGCGCGACACUCCAUGGCCCAGGUGCUCAACUUUGCCCUCGUCCUCUCGACCGCGUUCAUGCUAUGGAAGGGCCUCUCGAUAGCCACGAAUUCCAGCAGCCCCAUCGUCGUCGUGCUGUCCGGGUCCAUGGAGCCCGCCUUCCAGCGUGGAGAUUUGCUGUUCCUGUGGAACCGCAGUGAAAGGGCGGAAGUUGGAGAGAUUGUGGUCUACAAUGUCAAGGGCAAGGAUAUCCCGAUUGUUCACCGCGUGGUGCGGUCUUUCACCGAGGAAGACCCGAAGUUGAAGACCAAGAAGGCUGGAUCCAACCCAAAGACGCUCACAUCAACUGCCUCGCAAAAACUGCUCACAAAGGGCGACAACAACCCGGCCGACGACACGGAGCUCUACUCGCGCGGACAGGACCAUCUCGACCGCAAAGAAGACGUCGUCGGCAGCGUGCGCGGGUAUAUCCCCGGGGUCGGAUACGUGACAAUCAUGCUCAGCGAGCAUCCAUGGUUGAAGACGGUGUUGCUGGGGGUGAUGGGGUUGAUGGUGAUACUGCAGCGCGAUACCCCGCUACAAACUCCCCCAGCGACAACACCCCUCACGAGACCGCCUUCACCACCGAAUACCCCAACUCUGGUAGGCGUGCGUGCAGUCAGACCAGACAAAAUGGGCAGCGUAAAGCGAAUUGGCAAGGAGUUUGCCGAGUUGACUGAAUCUCCUCCCACCGGCAUCACCAUUCAGCUUGUCGACGAGUCCGACUUGUACAAAUGGAAGGUGUACAUGGAGGGGCCGGAGGGGACUCCAUACCAAGGCGGCCGAUUCCUCGUCAAUCUCAAUCUCCCCAACGAAUACCCCUUCAAACCACCCACCGUCUCGUUCGCGACCAAGAUCUACCAUCCCAAUGUCUCCAAUGAUGACAAGGGCUCCAUGUGUCUGGGCAUGCUGAAAUCCGACGAGUGGAAGCCCUCGUCGCGCAUCGGUGCUGUGCUAGAGUUUGCCCGGCAGCUGCUCGUCGAGCCCAUGCCGGACGACGCCGUCGAGGGGCGCAUCGCUGAGCAGUAUCAAAAUGACCGGAAGCGGUUCGACGAGGUCGCCCGUGACUGGACGCGGCGGUAUGCGAGGGAGGAGGAGAAGAAGUAG